UGCUCCCCUCCAUCCAUCCCACUUCCUGAACUUUGUGCUUUGUGGGUUCCAAAGAACCCAACGAUCGAGGUCAAAGUCGUGUCACGAUCUGGAUCGUCACAACCGUUUGUGCACAAGCAAGAUCUGGCAGAAUGCACCCACGGACGGAUCCAUCUGUGCCAUUCAUAUGUGCCCUCCAGGGGCAGUAAACUCUCAGUGGUAAGUGGUGCGCUAAGAUCGGCACCACAUUGGCCAACCAUCCAUGUAUCCAAUCGGCGGUGCCUGGCGCGCAGUGCGCGCUAUGAGACUGCCAAAUUUAUCCCCGCACUUGGGCAGCAUCACGGCCUCGCAUCCGACGCCUCGUUUUCCCGUAUUUCUGUCAAUGUCAUCCCGGAACUUAAUCCGCUUCCCAGACCAUGCGUCUGAUUCGUGUUUCCGACCUGAGCCUUCACUGGUUCGGGGGCGAGCAGGUGCCGCCAUACGCGAUCCUCUCCCAUGUCUGGGGCCCCGACGAGGUGCUCUUUGGCGACGUCCAAAACGGCACAUUUCGAGACCGUGCAGGAUUCGCCAAGCUGGCCUCUUUUUGCCACAAGGCUGCCGAGGACGGCUACGAGUAUGGCUGGAGUGACACUUGCUGCAUCGACAAGUCAGACUCGGCAGAGCUUUCCGAGGCCAUCAACUCCAUGUUUCGCUGGUACCAGAACAGUGAUGUGUGCUACGCCUACCUUGAAGACGUCCAUGUCACCCACGACCCCGAUGAUCCGGCCGGCACCUUCCAGAGAUCGUGCUGGUUCACCCGUGGCUGGACUCUCCAGGAGCUCAUCGCUCCCCCGUUUGUCUGGUUCUACACGGCGUCAUGGGCCGAGAUAGGCUCACGUCUAGGGCUCAAGGACGCCAUCGCGUCCAGCACCAAGAUCCACACGACCCUCUUCGAGGAGGGCCGCCUGUCCGAAUUUAGCCUCGCCCAGCAACUGUCGUGGGCUGCCGGCCGGGAAACCACCCGGCCCGAGGACAGGGCUUACUCUCUGCUGGGCCUGCUUGGCGUGGCCAUGCCCCCAAUCUACGGCGAAGGGGCCGUAAAGGCAUUCCGGCGUAUGCAGACGGAGCUGCUCAAGGAAGGCGCCCGAUGGGGCGACGACAGUAUCCUGGCCCAUGCCGGCCACGAAGUCUUGGCUCGCAGCCCAGACGACUUCAAGGCCUCGGGCUCCAUCGAGCGCGGGUUCGGCUACGGGCGUGUCGGGAGUACCAACAGGGGCGUCGAGCUGCGCACGCGCGUCCUGAGUACUGAAUCCAUGAAUCCGGCGCGCCGAACGCAGCUUUUUACGACCAACGCCCGAUUGCAACCAGACCACCUGGCCAUCCUCAGCUGCAAGCUGCACCACGGGGAAUCCAUAGUCGCCAUAUCCUUGUCCAAGCACGAGAACAGCAUUUUCUUCAAGAGCUCGGGCUCCAUCCUCUCUGGCGGUCCGGCCUUUGUGGCCCUCGGCCCCAAGGACGUGGACGGCGUUGCCGAGCAGCAUAUCGUCCUUGACACCUCGGAGGCUUGGGACCCAUCGAGCGACUGGACAAGACCGUUUGGAAGGCCCCCCAAAAACAUAUUGGUCGAUUUCUCCUGCUGUGGCGAGUUUAAGCUCGCAGGAUUCUGGCCAGCCCAGCGCGACAAGGACAACUGGGAGCUUGGCUCAACGACGGCCAUGUACAAAUCUCGGGAAGCCCACGAGGAGGCGCACCAAACUCCUUCUUCAGCAACUUUCAAAUUCCACACAGUACGCGGCGCAGCCAUCUACGCGUUCCAAGCCACCCUCGAUCCAACCCCGAACAGAUUGAAGGCUGAAGUUGUCCUGAAUGCCGACACGCCAAACCAGAGCGUCUUGUCAUCCGAGGUUAUUUGUCGCCAGGAGCCCGCAAAGCUGCUCAAGAGCUUCCCAGAUGCCAUCACCGGUGUCCAAUUACUCGGACCAAGCCAAUGUCAUGUGACGGUGGCCAUUCGCAGGAUACGCGAGGGCUUCAAGGCUACUAUAAAGGUCGUAUAGGACUGUAGGCGCGAGAAGGAACUGCUCUUCCAACCUAGCUGAAAAUAAAGGUCUUGACAUUCUGGUACGUCGUCACCUGUCGCGCAGACUACAAGCCGGCCCAAUCCCUUCCGCUGUCAACUCCCCAAAUCCAACAUUCACGUCACCAUGACAUGAACGUGCCCGCGAGGUGUCUGUCUUGAAUGGUGACCAUGCACUCUAGAGUUUAUUAGAAAUAGGGAUCGUCAGUGGCGCAGUGUAAACUAGACGGCCGGCACCUACCUCGUGGGACAGCCAUAUUAUGCACUGCCAUUUUCUAAAGACGAAAAAUCGGAAUGUCAGCAGGGUAAUAGUGUUUAUAGAUAAUUCUUGG